UGAUCCCACAAUGGUUUGAUGGUUUGGUUAUAAGCGACCACGGGAACGGUAGAUUGGAUGGGGGUUAGGGAGAAGAUGCUAUGGUCCAGACUCUACGAUAGCAAUUGAGACGAACUGCUGUUGUUUUCUGCGUCGUUGGACCUGUCACGGAAAAGUUAUCAGACUUUGUUUGUUGUUGUUCGCAGUUACCAUACGGGAUCACACGCAACCCCAAUUCAAACGCACGAGAAGCCGUUCACGAUGAGACCCUCCACCCUGUCGACCGUCCUCUCCUGCGCCGCCGUUGCGACUGCCGCCGCGACCGCCAACGAGACGGCCCCCGAGCCGGCCGUCCCCAACGUCGUCCAGUCCACCUGGGACGGGCGGUGCUUCUACCCGACGCCGGACGCGGCCUUCGACCUCGAGGCCUACCUCGGCCGCUGGUACCAGGUCGCCGGCACCCUCGCGCCCUUCACCGCCGCCUGCAAGUGUAUCUUUGCGCAGUACUCUCUGAAUGACGAUGGCACCGUCAAGGUGAACAACACCUGCGAGGCCGGCGGCCGCGCCGUCAACAUCCUCGGCGCCGCCGAGCCAGCCGACCCUUCGUACGGCGCCAAGGGCGUCCUCCGCGUCCAGUUCCCCGGCCAGCCCGGGCCCUCGUGCGCCGGUCCGAACUACAUCGUGCAGGACUACACCCCGGACUUUGCGCUCGUGCAGUCCAACAGCUUCACUACGCUGUUCGUGCUCAGUCGCCAGCAGAACCCGGAGGAGGCCGUCCUUGACGCCUGGAUAGCCCGCGCCGGCCAGCUAGGCUCCAACCUCGACGACGUUGUCAAGACGGACCAGACGGGCUGCAAGUUCACCUGAGACGCGGGGAAGCCCUCCAGAACCUGCGCCAGCGCCGCUUCUGGGGGGGGGGGAGGGCGCGAGGAAUCCGUGCCUGGCGCUUGGCCAGGAACGGCAGAGUUGAAGUGAGACAGGGAGAGAGGGACCUGGAAGGCCCAAGAGCUGUUCAUCAAGCGUGUUCUCGUCCUUUGGCUACAUACUUGGCAUAGGUAAAAAGAAUGGAUGAGAAAGAAAAUGUGGAAAAAAAGCUAAAGUUGCCAUGACGCCGCCGAUCAGCGACAGCGUGGCAUUCGUGAGUGUGGGCUCGCUCGAGCCUCCACACACAUGGUCGCGGCAUACACCCCCCCCCCCCCC